AUUGACAUGACAGUUGGAACAAUUUGUAGAUAAAGGCUAAGUAUGUAUGUACGGCUGCAUACUUACACGUUGAAAUUCCGCAUUUAGAGCGUGUCAUGGUGACGUUGACCAAAAUAAGUUAUUUUUUAUGAUUUUAAAAUAUAAUUUGUUGUAAAAAUAUAGUGAUUUAAUUAAUUAUUUCGUAACAUGUGGGCUGAUACUGUCUUAAUUGUAUUUAUUAGUAUCUGUACAGCUUUAUUAGGAGAAGGUUUAACAUGGUUAAUGGUGUAUAGAACUGAAAAAUAUCAAAAAUUGAAAGCUGAAGUGGAAAAACAAAGUAAAAAAUUGGAAAAACGUAAAGAAGCUCAUGGCGAUUCUCUGGAUAAACAGCAAAAAAAGAAAAUCGAACGUGAAGAAGAACGUUUGAAAAAUAAUAAUCGUGAUUUAUCUUUAGUAAAAAUGAAAUCAAUGUUCGCAAUUGGAUUUGCAUUCACUGCUCUUCUUAGUAUGUUUAAUAGUAUAUUUGAUGGUAAAAUUGUUGCGAGAUUGCCAUUUAUUCCAAUUACAUGGAUCCAAGGUUUGUCACACAGAAAUCUUUCUGGUGAUGAUUACACAGAGUGUUCAUUCAUUUUUUUGUAUAUUUUGUGCACAAUGAGUAUUAGACAGAACAUUCAAAAAUUGCUAGGAUUUGCUCCAUCAAGAACAGCUAGUAAACAAAGUGGAAGUAUUUUUGGACCACCGCCUCAACAAUUCAAAUGAAAAUAUUUACAGCUAAAUAAAAAUUUCACUACGUUCUUUUUUUAGUGUCAUUUAAA